AUGGACACCGAGCACUUCAAGGUGCGGAAACGCAACCCCAAAGCAUGUAGCCGCUGUCAUCGUCGGAAGCAAAGAUGUGUGGGGUCUCCGAUCUGCACGAACUGUGAGGCGGCCAAGUCUUCAUGCACGAGGUCCAAAACAUCCACUUUCCAGCCUGCAUCCGAGAGAUAUCAUGGAAUGUCAAAGGAUGCCCUGUUCGACAGAAUAGAGGAACUGGAAGCCCAAUUAAACGCAGUCUCCAAACCAUCACAAGCGCAAGCCCCACGUCACCCAUAUCAAAGCCCAGACGAGUUCUCUUUCGACCAGCCUAAUGUAGGCCACUUGUUCGAUGUUAUGGAGUACCUGACAACGGGGCAAAUUUCAGGGCAGACACCACUAAGGUCAUCUUCCCCGACGGGAUCUCUGAUCGCCAAAGAAAUGGAUCAAAUAUUUGAAGAUACAGUCUUGGGAAGUGGCAGAGCAGAGACAACCGACAUGGAGCAUGAAUCUGAGUCUAGCAAUGAUACCCCACCCCCCGCGCCAACCGAAACAGAGGGCUUGAAGUAUAUACGCAUCUACAUGGAGACGAUGCAUAACCACAUGCCGUACUUGGAUAGUGGGGAGAUAUAUCGAACACACAAAGAAAGGCUUCACCCCUUUGAACCCACACGCUCAGCUCGGUGGAAGUUCUCGAAACUCUUCAUGGUUUAUGCUAUUGGUGCUGCGACGUCCCGAGUUACAGACAUCAGCCAACCCAGUAUUUCCGCAAAUGAUCUAUUCCGCACAGCCUUGCGUUUAAAGCCUUCAAUCACCGAGCUGCGCUCCCUCCAGAGCAUUGAAGCGAUGAUGUUACUGAUUAUGUACAACCUGCGAAUACCAAACAGCUCCAAUAUUUGGUACAUGAUUGGGCUAGCCAUGCGGACGGCCAUCGAUCUUGGGUUACACAGAGAAGAUAAUUAUCUUGGCUUGAAGCCCGAUGAGGCCCAAAGCAGACGGUGCGUAUUCUGGAGCGUCUACGUCAUGGAUCGCAGUAUUGCCCGGCUUCUCGACCGACCAUUCAACAUUGCGGAAACUGACAUCGAUGUCGGAUUACCUUUUGACUACCAGGAGCCUUACCAAAGCUACCCCAAUGAGCUACCGAUACCCGAAGAGACAGAUUUAAGAACCAGCAUCUCGGCUUUCAUUCCCGUCAUCAGACUAACCCGUUUGAAGUCGCAGAUUCACACCAGAGUCCAUAGAGUUGACAAAGAAGUUUCAUUGCUGAUCCCCGAGAUCAAUCCUUUAUUCUCUGCCUUGAAAGAAUAUAAACGAUCACUACAAUCUGAUCUCUCUCCUAUCGACCAUGAUUGGAUCAACAUGCAUUGGAAUAACGGAAUUCAUUGUCUUCUUCAACCUUUUCUCCGAGUACUUCCGUCCGAUCAUGAAUUAAUUCGUACCUGUAUGAAGGCAUCUGGGCAAACCUGCCAGGCGUUCAAAACGCUUCAUCAAAGAGGCUAUAUUGGGUUUGGAUAUUUCCUUGUCAGCACUUUAUUCAAAGCUGGGUUGACACUAUGUUAUUGUUUAUUUCGAUCUUCACAGCCUUGCUCCAUUGACGUGGCAAAUGAUCUGGGUGCCUGUUCCUCGGUUUUGUUUGCCAUUGCGGAGCGCAACAAUCAGUUAAAAAAAUAUCGUGAUACGUGGGAAUCCAUACUUGCGAAAGUGAUGGAACAUCUUGGACAAGUGUCUUCUUCCUACGAAUCCCGCCAUAUUAUCAUGCCGCAACUUAAUCCACCAAACCCCUUCGCUUCUCUAUUCAUAGAUACCCAUGGAGCUGCAUCAAGAUUCAAUUAUGCGAAUCUCGCAUCCCUCAAUCAUCUGGAUACUGCUUGUGGUCAGAAGCACCAACAAUUUUGGACAAUAUCACCAGAGGACGGGUUAGCUAUUGAAGAUUCGCCCGCUUCAAAAUCCCAGGAAUUGCUCAGUGCGCUCGAAGAUCUUUUCCCUGCGUGGCAAGAAGACAUAACACCACAGCGCCGACUUGAGAAUGUCUUUGAGUCCGAUGAAAUGACCUCUGAAAGCAUUCUAGAAGUGAGAAGGUCUGAACUACGAGUAAUUGACGAGCUGUUUGGCAACCCAGAAUGA